AAGCGUUUGCCUGUCUGUUUAGUGUGCUUUUGAGAAACAGUAUUUUUACCACCACGAUGCUAACGGCGGUGUUUACUCUUUUAGCCGGGCUACUGGCUCUUCUUGUCUACCAGAAAGUGUUUUAUCCUUUCCUGUGGCUGGAUUUAAGGUAUUACUGGAAACUCCGGAUGUACAGAAAGUCUUUGCAGGCUCGGGCGCAGCAAGGCAUGAUCACAUUUCUGGACGGCUUUCUCCUUCAAGUGAGGAGGAACCCCGACAAAGCCUUCAUUAUCUACGAGGACCAGACGCUAACAUACCAAGAUGUGGACAGAAGAAGUAACCAGUUUGCGAACCUAUUCGGGGAGAUGUCUUUAAAACAAGGAGACAUUGUUGCGCUGUUGAUGUGCAACGAACCGGAUUUUAUGAGCGUGUGGCUGGGACUUUGUAAACUGGGCUGUCAAGUCGCAUUUCUGAACACCAACAAUAAAUCCAAAUCGGUGCUUCACUGCAUCCAGACUUGCGGAGCCAAGGCACUUGUUGUGGGCACAGGUUUGGUCCAUUUGGCGGAGGGUGUGCUCCCUGACCUGAAGAAGGACAACAUGACUGUGUUUGUGGUACAGCACUCAGCGCCUUCAGAGGAUUUUGUCAGUUUAUUGGAUAAGGUGGAAAACAGCUCAACAGAAAACCAAAUUGAGCUUCCCAAAGUUGACAUCAUGUCCAAUUUCCUCUUCAUAUUUACUUCCGGCACAACAGGUCUCCCAAAGGCCGCCUGUGUAAGUCAUCUAAAAGCCAUUAUGAGUAUGGCAUUCUUUCAGAUAUGUGGGGCUACAUCUGAUGACAUCAUCUACAUCACCCUUCCUCUUUACCACAUGUCUGCUUCCCUGUUAGGAAUUGGAGGAACCAUACAGCUUGGUGCAACUUGUGUCUUAAAGAAGAAGUUUUCAGCCAGUCAGUUUUGGAAGGAUUGUGUGAAAUAUAAGGUGACUGUGGUGCAAUACAUCGGAGAGCUCUGUCGAUAUUUGGUCACCCAUCCCAGAGUUCCAGAAGAGAGAAGUCACAUAGUUCGGCUAGCAGCAGGAAGUGGGCUUAGGUCAGACGUGUGGAAGGAGUUUGCCAAACGCUUUGGGAGAAUCACCAUCAGAGAAGGUUAUGGUUUAACCGAGGCCAGCAUUGGCUUCCUCAACUACACGGAUGAGAUUGGACCCAUUGGAAGAGCAAGUGCCUUCAACAAGCUUUUAACGCCAUUUGAACUCCUGAGAUAUGACACGCAAACAUACGAGCCCCUCAGAACGGCCUCCGGGAGAUGUGUACGAGCGCAGAAAGGUGAGUCUGGUAUCCUGGUAGCUCCUCUGACACCAAUGAACCGGUUCCCGGGUUACGCUGGAAAUAAGGUCCAGUCUGAGAAGAAGUUGGUCAAGGAUGUGUUCAGGAUGGGUGAUGUCUAUUUUAACACCGGGGAUCUUCUGCUCCAAGACCAUAGAGACUUUCUUUUCUUCUGUGACCGCGUUGGAGACACUUUCAGGUGGAAAGGAGAGAAUGUGUCCACGAUGGAGGUUUCAGACGUUUUAUGUCUUCUUGACUUUAUUCAAGAGGCCAGUGUAUAUGGAGUCACCGUACCAGGGCACGAAGGCCGAGCAGGCAUGGCUGCUAUUGUUUUAAAACCGGAACACAAACUGAAUGGUCCAGAACUCUACAGACACUUGGUUGAAGCACUUCCUCAAUAUGCCUGGCCGUGGUUUCUCAGAAUACGGCCCUCUUUGGAUGUGACGGAGACCUUUAAGCAGCAGAAGGGGAAGCUGGUCCUGGACGGAUUUAACCCAGAUAUCACCCCGGAUCCUCUGUUUUUCUUAGAUAUCACUCAGAAGGACUAUAUUCUCAUCAACGAAUCCCUUUAUGAGAAGAUUGUGUUGGGAAAAAUCAAGCUAUAAUAUAUAUAAGUCGUAAGGUCUUAAUUGUCUUAAUAAGUCAUAGCAUUAAAAUAGAUGACAUUUACAUACAGAAUUAUUCCAGUUUCUUUUCAGCGAAGUUGUAGCUAUUGUUCCAGUGGUCUUCAACGCAGAGUAAACCUGCAUGUACUCAAGUCAACCCAAAAAAAUGGUGGAAUCGAUUGUUAUAUCCUGUACAAUGUCAUAUAUAAAAUAAUAUUGCAAGACUCAGCUUACCACAACAGCAGCAAAUUACCCGCUGUACAAAAUGUGGGUAUGAGUAGCGCCUCUGUACGGCUUUGGGAGCAUGCAGACACUAUGUAGCACUUUUAGUGCAGGAGAAACUUUGGUUGUGUGCAGGGCUGCGUCGGGCUAUGGAUGACGUGUGACGUGGGUGCCCUCUGCAACCACUUCUGACUCUGUGGUGGGUGCAUGUUAGCCUUGGCGCAAACCUGCCUUUCAUUCAGGUUUUCAGUUAAUAAUGUGAGAAGACUAGAAAUAAAUGAAUUGUCAAAUACCAGCAUGUUGUUCAUGUUUUGGUAAAACAAGGAUAUUGGCUUUGCUUGGCUUGAAAUAAGCUAUGAAAAUAAAUGUUACAACAAUGAGUAGCUCUUGGCAUCUAUGUGAUCGGUAUCA